AUGACCUAUACAAAGCACAACAUACACCUUCAACCUGAGCAGAAGCACUUCUUCGUCAAAUUGACGGGCCUCCUUAUUAGCAUUUUGGUCUGGUCUCUGGGCAUAGCCCUAGCCAGCAGCAGAUCUUGGCGCGUGUGGGAAUUUGACAGCAACAUUGCUCCCGUUGUGUUCAUUGGACUUUGGGAUGCUUUCUGUUUUCAUAACAUGAACAUCUCCAACUCGCUGGCUCAGCUGCUCAUGCAGAGCAGUCUCAACGGGAACUGGGUCCUUACGGAUGAAAUUCGGUAUGGGUGGGACCUGAUACUGGUGGCGAAUUGCAUGGUGUUCGUCACCUUCAUUUUUGUCUCCAAGGCACUUUGGGUCCACUGGAUCACUGAUGCACACCCAGAAUUCCUCCGAUUUUAUUACAAAAUCGCCUCCUUUUUUUUCUUGAGCGGCAUUGGUGAUAUCACUGCAGUGACCAUGAAUUUCUAUGUGGAUUUUUAUGGCCAAACCACCCUUGACUUUCCACCUAGUUUUCCUGUUAAAAAAGAAAUGCUAGUAAGGAAACGCUUCACCUAUGUGCUCCCACUAGGAAUCACAACGGCCGUCCUCUCGCUAGUAAGUGCCACCAUAUUCUUAUAUGACAUAUGUUCAAUAAAAUGGUCAAAUCGAGUGAACCCCAUGCCUACGGCCGAACUUCCCCAUGCUUCCGUUUAGAGGAAGACUGAAUGGGUUGCUCUUCGCAGUUGCUGGCAUUCGUUUUCGUGAAGGAACUCCUUAUGUACACAUCACAUUGUAUCAUCUGCCCAGUCUCCAGACUCAGGGCUGCUCCCACGCGCGGCCCCCGCCCACAGGCAGGUGAGCGGCAGGCCCUGAUCACGUGGCCCUGUGGGAAUUGGGGCGCUGGGCACCCACUCAGCCUACUGCUUUGGCCACUGCUUUUACUGUAACCAACAGCCUGUGUCUCUCACUGGGGCUCCGGUGCCUUCGGCCAGGAGAUGGACAGGGAACUGACUUGUU